AUGAUUGGUUGGACACUAUUUGUCAAUAUAUUUUUACAUAUUAUUGUUAUAACAAUUGCAUAUCCACAACAGUAUGCACAACAAAAUUAUCAACAACAAUAUGAGGCAGCAAGAGCUCAAUAUUAUGCAAAUCAACCAAAACAAUUAUCACCACAAGAACAAUCUGAACAACCACAAUUACAACAACAACAACAACAAAUAGAAGAGGAACAAGAACAAGAUGAUGAAGAUCAACAACAAAUUGAAUCAACUGGAAGAAAAUUUGCUGUUAAACCGAAUGCAUCAAAAAAAGUCGCUUUAGAUGAUAUCGAAGAAGAUUUACAAUCAAAUCAAAUUCAAGAACAAACUGCUGUCGGUUUUUCAUGGUCAAAUAUGUUAGCAUCAGUAUUACAAAUGUUCUUUAAUAAUUAUGCUUUAAAUAAAUCUGAUGAUGUUGAUAAUGGUUUUCCUCCAUCACCUUGGACCAAUAUCAUUUCAAUGGGUCUUAAAAUUAUUACAACAAUAUUAGGUGGUGGACCACCUUCAGAUGGUAUUGAUAAAGUUGAUAAUCCUGGAUCUCCAAUGCAGAAUAUAUUAGCUGCAGUAUUUUCAUCUGUUCUUGGUGCCAGAGAUCCGGAACAAGUUAACACAAUGGCAAAACAAGCUGGUGAGUUCAUUAAUAUCGUAAUCAAUUUAUUGGAUGCAUUGAAAACAUCAUUCUCACAUAGAUCAUUAACAGCACGUUCAUUGGGUAAACGUGAUGCUGUUAGUGAUGCUGCUGUUGCUAGUAUAUCAUUAUUAAAAGGAUAUGUUAAAACAUAUAAGAGUACAGAAGAUAAAUGUAUGCAAAAAUAUUUAUGUGAAGCAAAUUCUGAUUGUAUUAAUGAAAUUGGUGGUACAAGCAUUUUCUGUCAAUUGGGAACGUAUGCAACUAGCUUUAUGUUAGAACGUCAAACAAAUAGUAAAUUUGAAAAUUUAUAUGAUGCUGGUAGACGUGGUAGAUCCGGUGUUGAUUGUAAAUCAGUUUAUCUUGAAUGUAAUGAAGUUUAA